GAUCACUAUACCGUUCUCGGAAUCGCUACAUCAGCAACAUCGGAUGAAAUAAAGAAAGCCUAUCGAAAGAUGGCUCUGAAGUACCAUCCAGACAAAAACAUAUCGAAUGAUACCACAGAUAUGUUUCGACGAGCGAAACUUGCCUACGAGACCCUCAACGACCCUCAACGUCGGCAGGGCUAUGACUCGAAAAAUAGCUUUAACCAGCGACACUAA